CACCUGCAGGUCAGGAGACAAGCUGCAGGAGCCCAAAGCAGUUCAGGUUGACCCCUCGUGACCUUUGGCACUGCUCGGGCUCUGUAGGGUGGGGGUGGGGUCUAAAUGACCUCAGUGGGCAAACAGCUGUCGGCUGCACGCUGCAAACCAGCGUGGCCGUAGGUUUAAGAUUUCUUUAAUGUCCAAGUAAUUCACCGAUGGUCGUCCGGGAAAGAGGACGUGAGGAUGGAUAACUCAGCUGAUUAUAGCGUUGUCAUCCAAAACAAUAAUAAUAAUGAUGAUAAUAAUAAUAAUAAUAAUAACGGGAAAUCUGGAAGCUCCGCCCCAUCAUGGUGACCUCUGCGUCUCAUGAUGUAAAUAUUAGAGAUCGUUUUAUCCUCACAAAAGUCAACCUUCCUGAUUUGUUAUUUUAAAGUAAGAACUUCAUUAAUAAUGUCUGGAUGGAAGCCCAGCUGAUGAGUUCAGCUCGUGUGAUUGGCUCCCUCAGCCGUGGGCGGGUCUGGUGUUCACGUUACAGCCUUUAGUCUCUGAGGCUGUUUGUCUCAUACUGAUGUGCUGUUUCCUUUUCUAAGGAGCUCAUAGUUCUUUGUUUCUGUUGUCGGGCAGAAUGUAGAGUCUGUCCGUCCUGAUUGGUCGAGGUAAAGGGGUGACAAGACGACGGGUCUCAGACUGCUGCAUGGUCCUGUUGCCGUGGUUUUUGAGUGAUGGUGAUGAGUUUUAUGGCUCCGGCUUGGUUGGAGUUGCCGACUGAACGCAGCUUGUUGCUCGCCUGCCCGUACCUGAGCUCCUGUGACCGCCUGUGACCUCACCCUGUUUAUUAUUUACCGGCACUGCCUGACCUGGUUGGACCCGCUGACUCGGCGAGCUAAUAACCAGCUAACAGCAUGAGCGGAGUCGGCGUUUCAAUAUCCGCACUCCUGGAUCCUGUUUGUGAGAGAGGAAUGUUUUAAUGCUGCUCGGGCUGAACGCCGUCUGCAGGCGCUGAUCCGUCUGACGCGCGUGUGACCUGCUUCUACGUGACCUAUCAGCUGCAGCUUUCACAGUUUGCUCACGCUCGUUCGUUCAAGAGCUUUUCUUCAGACUGACUCUUUCCUACAGUUUGUAAAGCUGAAGACAUCACAGAGCAGAGCUCAGGGUCAGACUUUGAUUACAGCUGUGAGUAACGUCAUGAGGUCAACACGGCGCUGCAGGCUCAGCUGUGUUUGGGGUGACUGCUCUCUGCACCAGCAGGACCUCUGUAAUCUGCUCUCCACCAGACUGGACUGAGUGGGCUGAUGCCCAGUUACACCAGCUCUUAUUGCAUGUGAUGGAGUAAACAUUCAGUCAUUUGGCGUGUUCACUGCAGACGGGUAGUUAGAGCGAGGGUGGCCCUCCUGGUGCCUUUACCUGUCAGCUGCAGAACAAAGACUGUAACUAAAAGACAGCAAGUGGUGCAGUAAAGUGUUUGAUUCUUAAACUUUUCGAACAGCCAGCAAACUGAAAGAGCCAGGUUCAUCGUAGUUUGGUGACUGUCCCUCGUGUCCGGAGGCAGCCGGACGACAUCUGUGUCCUUGAAGAUGCAACUGACAUGAUGGGAGGGUGAGGCAGCGACGUACAAACGUCUUACCGCCUCCAAAGUGACCGCUCCUGUACAGGUGCGAUACCUGAGACCCCUCAGAUGGAGGCGACACAUCUUCAAGAACCCAGAAGACGUCUGGCUGCCCUCCACUCGAGCACUCAGGACGACCGGGACCAGCACAGACAGCAUGAAGCUGCUGUGGCUCGUUCACGAGUUCUAGCAAGACUUGGUUCUAAUCCCGGCCUGAUUCCAGAUGUGUGGAGUCUUGGAUUUCACGGUAGACGUAAAGAAAAGUGAUUGGUGCAGGAAGGUUUAGCUUUAGAAAGCUGAUGUUGGUGUGACGUGCCGUCGCUAACUCACUGAUCCAUGCACGCUCUGUGUUUCCUGUGCACGCAGCAUCGUUCUUCAUCAUCAUCAUCAUGAUCUUUCUCCUCCUCUUCCUCCUCAGGGGAGGGUCUGUCCUCCUCUCGUCUCUCUCUCCUCCAUCGUUGCUCCAUGGGCUCCUUCGAUCUCUCCACGCUCCCCCCAUCUGCACGGACCUCUGGCCCGUUCGGGCACCUCCUCCCCGGCUCCGCCUCCUCGUCGCAGACCAACCUCUCCCUGUACCGUUACGGCCGCCACCUCUCCGAACCCAGCCAGCCUCACGGACUCGCCCUUCCCGUCCCCGGUGGCUCUCCACGCCGCUGCUCUGCUCCCGUGGGGCUCCCCAAGGUGGUGGUGCACCCCCCAGAAGAGGACGAGGAAGAGGUGGUGUUCCACCUGGGAGACGAAGAUGGCAUGGUUCCUCAAACAGGUCUGCUGGCGUCGCCUCAGUCGGCCCCCGGAAACCUCGACAACAGCAAAAACGGCGAGAGUCGCGGCAACGGCGGCAAUGGCAGCCGGGAGAACAGCACGGUGGACUUCAGCAAGCAGGACUGCGACUGCGUUUGUUUGCUGCCAGCGGCCGGCAGGAAGCCCGCAGUGGACAUGAACUUUAUGAAGAAGAUUCCUCCUGGAGCCGAGGCCUCCAACGUCCUGGUGGGUGAAGUGGACUUCCUGGAGCGGCCCAUCAUCGCCUUCGUCCGGCUCUGCCCCGCCGUGCUGCUGACCGGCCUCACCGAAGUCCCGGUGCCCACCAGGUUUCUCUUCCUGCUGCUCGGUCCGUUUGGAAAAGGUCCGCAGUACCACGAGAUCGGGCGCUCCAUCGCCACGCUGAUGACAGACGAGGUUUUCCACGACGUGGCCUACAAGGCGAGGGACCGCAACGACCUGCUAUCAGGGAUCGACGAGUUCCUGGAUCAGGUCACUGUGCUGCCGCCAGGCGAAUGGGACCCCAGCAUCCGCAUCGAGCCCCCAAAGAGCGUCCCGUCUCAGGAGAAGAGAAAGAUAGCGUCCUUCCCCAACGGCUCUGCCCACAGCUCUGAGAUGGGCAAGGAGGCGGAGCAUCACGCGGGACCAGAGCUGCAGAGGACGGGGAGGAUUUUUGGCGGUUUGGUGAACGACGUUCGGAGGAAGGCGCCGUUCUACUGGAGCGACAUCAGAGACGCCGUGAGCCUGCAGUGCCUGGCCUCCAUCCUCUUCCUGUACUGCGCCUGCAUGUCGCCCGUCAUCACCUUCGGAGGUCUGCUCGGGGAGGCCACCAAAGGGAGCAUAAGUGCCAUCGAGUCGCUGUUUGGCGCGUCUCUGACGGGCGUGGCCUACUCUCUGUUCGCCGGGCAGCCUCUCACCAUCCUGGGCAGCACGGGCCCGGUUCUGGUCUUUGAGAAAAUCCUCUUCAAGUUCUGCAGUCAGUACAGUCUGUCCUACCUGCACCUGAGGACCAGCAUCGGACUCUGGACCGCCUUUCUGUGCGUGCUGCUGGUCGCCACAGACGCCAGCUCUCUGGUCUGCUACAUCACCCGCUUCACUGAGGAAGCCUUUGCCGCGCUCAUCUGCAUCAUCUUCAUCUACGAGGCGCUGGAGAAGCUGGUCCGCCUCGGGGAGCUCUACCCCAUCAACAUGCACAACCAGCUGGACAACCUGACCUUCUACAGGUGUCAGUGCGCCCAGCCCGCCAACGCCUCGGCCGAAGUCCUGGAUGUGUGGAGCAAAAAGAACGUGACCCCGGAAAACAUCACGUGGGAUCAGCUGAGCUCAAAGACGUGCAAGGAACUCAUGGGGGAGCUGGUCGGCCCGGCGUGCAGCCACAGCGGUCCCUACGUCCCCGACGUCCUCUUCUGGUCCGUCAUCCUCUUCUUCACCACCUUCUUCCUCUCCUCCUUCCUCAAACAGUUCAAGACUAAGAGAUACUUCCCCACCAAGGUUCGAUCGACCAUCAGCGACUUCGCCGUCUUCCUCACCAUCAUGAUCAUGGUGCUAGUGGAUUAUCUGGUGGGAGUUCCUUCGCCCAAACUCAACGUGCCCGACCGCUUCAAGCCCACGUCUGAAAAUCGGGGGUGGCUGAUUUCCCCGCUGGGCCCGAACCCGUGGUGGACGCUGCUGGCCGCUGCCGUUCCCGCGCUGCUCUGCACCAUCCUCAUCUUCAUGGACCAGCAGAUCACCGCCGUCAUCAUCAACAGGAAGGAGAACAAGCUGAAGAAAGGGUGUGGCUAUCAUCUGGACCUGCUGGUGGUGGCGGUGAUGCUGGGCGUGUGCUCCAUCAUGGGCCUGCCGUGGUUCGUGGCGGCGACGGUGCUCUCCAUCUCCCACGUCAACAGCCUGAAGCUGGAGUCGGAGUGCGCGGCGCCCGGCGAGCAGCCCAAGUUCCUCGGCAUCCGAGAGCAGCGCGUGACCGGGUUCAUGAUCUUCUUCCUGAUGGGCUGUUCCGUCUUCAUGACCUCCGUCCUGAAGUUCAUCCCGAUGCCCGUCCUGUACGGCGUGUUCCUCUACAUGGGCGUGUCCUCGCUCAAAGGCAUCCAGCUCUUUGACCGCAUCAAACUGUUCGGCAUGCCGGCCAAACACCAGCCGGACCUGAUCUACCUGCGCUACGUGCCGCUGUGGAAGGUGCACGUCUUCACUGUGGUGCAGCUGUCCUGCCUCAUCGCGCUGUGGGCCAUCAAAGCCUCGCCCGCCGCCGUCAUUUUCCCCAUGAUGGUUCUCGCUCUGGUUUUCAUCCGGAAGCUUCUGGAUUUCUGCUUCACCAAGAGAGAGCUGAGCUGGCUGGACGACCUGAUCCCCGAGAGCAAGAAGAAGAAGGAGGACGACAAGAAGAAGAAGGAGAAGGAGGACGCUCGGCGGAUGCUGGAGGAGGUGGAGGAGGAGCUGCCGUAUGACAGAGGAGGGGUCCUCAAUUUCCCGAUCAAAAACCUAAAAAAACGCGACCCAUCAGAGGUGAACAUCUCUGAUGAAAUGGCCAAAAGCGGCAUCUGGAAGUCUGUUUCCAAAAACUCCGACAGCAGCAAAGCUCUGAGGCGCACCUUCAGCCACGACAAGCUGCCGAGCGUCCAGAUAAACGUGGAGAACGAGGACGGGCAAAGAGUUGUGAACGCCGAGACGUCGCUAUGAUCCACCGCCCCGGGGCAGGAGGGUGAGGCGGGGGCGCUGCAGCUCCUCCGUGUGCUCUGAGGGAGGCGAAAGGUCGCGGGGGGACCAAUCGGGCUUCACCUGAGCGUGCCGUACUUCUGACUCUGCGUCGUCUCGGACGAGGCGGACGUUUUAUUUUCUCAUCGUUUUAAGGUGAAACAUGAGACGGAAACGGCUUCUUCAGGUUUCUUCUGCUGGCGUUUUUUUUUUGUUUGUUUGGUUUUUUUUGUUUUUUUUUAAAAACUCGGGCAGUCUGUGAUUGGCUGCCGAAGCAUCAAACUGAAAAAGAAACGAGAAAAAACGGACGCCUGAGUCUCUCCGGAUGGAUGUUGUGAGAAACUUUAAUUUCAUGGUUUGAACUUUUGUUUCAGUGUUUGUGAAACGGGCGAAGCUCCGACACGUUUAUAUUUAAUCCAUCAUGCUGGUUUAGGUUUUUAUGUGUGUGUGUGUGUGUGUGUGUGUGUGCGCGCACGUGCGUGUGGGCGCGUGUGGUCUCUGUUGUACAUCACCUUGUUGCCUACAGCAGAAGAAAUGAAUGAUGUCACAGCUGCUGUUGUUGUAGUUUCUUUGUAAAGGUUAAUAAAUCAGUUUGGUGGCGACGAUCACAGCGAGUCACGUGACCUUCUCUAGUCAUCUCGAUCAUUUCAGGAGGAGUCGCUGAUCUCUGAUGGAUUUAUUUAAAUAAUUUGACAAUAAAGAGAUUUGAUGCAAAA